UUCCUCACCUCUCUCUCACAUAAGCUUCCCUCACGUUCUCUCUGUUUCACUUUAUAUUAUUAUCAUUAUCUCAUCAGAGAGAUCUCUCGCCGGGAAAAAACUCUCCCGGCGAACUAGCUAAACGCCCCGCCCGGUGUUAUAAUCCUCUUACGAAAAUAACAAAGGAGGAGAAGAACUCUAAACCUACUAAGAUGGAGUCAGAGUUUCAGCAACACCACUUCCUUCUCCACGAUCACCAGCACCAGAGACCACCAAGAACGUCCGGUUUAGCUAGGUACCAGUCAGCUCCGAGCUCCUACUUCUCCAGCUUCGGAGAAUCCAUCGAAGAGUUCUUGGAUCGACCGACAAGUCCCGAGACGGAGAGGAUCUUGUCUGGCUUCUUGCAGACCACCGACACAAGCAACACCGUCGACAGCUUCCUCCACCACACCUUCUCCGAGACGGACGAGAAGAAACCUCCUGAGGUGAAGACAGAGGAGACGACGGAGGUUGAUGAUAUUCCGGCGACGGUGGCGAUGGACGUCGUCGAGAUUCCGGCGGCUCCUGGUUCGUCUGGAUACGCUUCGGUGGUGCGGAGUUUAGGUCAGAACAACAAAAGACCACGAGAGAGAGAUGAUCGGACUCCUCCGGCGAACAAUCUCGCUAGGCAUAACAGCUCACCCGCCGGAUUAUUCUCAUCCAUAGACGUGGAGACAGCAUAUGCAGCUGUAAUGAAAAACAUGGGCGGUUUUGGUGGAGGAGUUAAUGUGAUGAAUACUGAAGCUUCAUCUCUUACUCGUGGAACCAAGCUUCCUCCUCCAUCCAUGGGUACGAUCCCUGAGAUUGAUGAUGUCAAACCCGUUUUCUCAUCGAGGUUGCCUCCUCGAACGCUCUCUGGUGGGUUUAACCGUUCCUUUGGGAAUGAAGGCUCUGCUUCCUCUAAGCUUAUCGCUAGGACCCAAUCUGGUGGCUUAGAUCAGUACAAAACCAAGGAUGAAGAUUCGUCAGCUAGUAGACGUCCUCCUUUAGCGCAUCACAUGAGUUUGCCUAAGUCUUUGUCAGAUAUUGAGCAGUUACUCUCAGAUUCUAUCCCUUGUAAGAUCAGAGCCAAGCGUGGCUGCGCCACUCAUCCUCGGAGCAUUGCUGAGAGAGUGAGAAGAACAAAGAUUAGUGAAAGAAUGAGGAAGCUGCAAGACCUUGUUCCAAACAUGGACACGCAAACAAACACAGCAGAUAUGUUGGAUCUUGCGGUUCAGUACAUCAAGGACCUACAAGAACAAGUCAAGGGGCUGGAAGAGAGCCGGGCAAGAUGUAGAUGCUCUUGUGCUUGAAACUAGAAGCUGGAGUAUGAGUGCGUGCCAGGCAGGGAUUUGUGCAUAGAAGUAUCGGUUCGAUCUUUGGUGAAAGUCGAACAUAGCGAAGUAGAGAAGAGAUCAUGAACAGAGCUAUAAUUUGGGUGGCUGAUGGACAAAAAAGGGUUUUGUAAAGUUGGAACCUUUUUGGUUGGGGGGAAAGGGAGAAGUAAAGUUCAUGUUAUGGUUCGAACUCGAAAGCUUAUUGUAUGUUGUUCUUACACCCAAAAACAAAUGAAAAAGCAGAAGAGAAGUGAUGUACUAGGAUGAGAAGCUUCUUUUAUUGUUAAGAAUAAUACUUCAGGGUAAUUAAUUUA